UUCUGUUCUCACUCGCCUUUUACGCUCAGCGCGCUCCAGCCGUAACCGCGCGCAGGCGCAGUUUGCGCAGUCCCUUGGAACUUGCUGGCUGUUGUGGUUGUUGUGUACGCCCUUCAAGGACCAAACUGAAGAUGUUCGCCCUCAAGCUCGCCGCCCCCGUUUCACGAACUGUGGCCUCCGCCACUUCCCGGUCAUGCCUGCGGCCUCUGUCCUCGUCAGUCAGCAACAGCAGGCUCUUUGAAGAGAACAACAGCAAGUCCGUGGUGCUGCCCGCCGGAGUCUCUGGACUGGCUCUUGGCGCUGGACCUCUCAGCCAA